AGGUUAAGUUUGUGCAGGGACUACUCAUUUAUCCCUGGUUUGUGCGUGCAACUAUUGUUACGUUUUGUUACAUUAUAUAGUGAAACUUACAAAGUUUUCUUUAAAUUAUUUCUUAUUUAUUACAAUGCGUUUACUAUUGUUGCAGCACAGAUUUUUGAAAUCAAUAAAUAGCAUUAAGAAUAGUAGUUUUGUUGGACACAAUCUCUGCAAUCACUUUCAUAAUAACAAAGCUGUUAUUAAAAAUCGUGAUGUCUUUAUAAAAAAAGACAAUGUGCCUUCGGAGUAUGAACUUAUAUACCGGGCACCAAUGGGAAUAUAUGUUACAGUUGCAAAGAAUAUAUCUACAAUAACAGCAACAAUAAUUUCUUCUGCAACCAUCUAUACCUUAACGAAUGAAUAUAAACUUCCUACACCCAGUUUUGAGUCUAUGGGGUUAGUGUCACAUCCAGAUGACCUUUGGUAUUUUUCUUUUGGCUUUAUUGCUGUGACAAUUGCAAUACGGCUUUUUAUUGCCAGAUAUCCUUUACGCAUUUAUGGUGCGAAUGACAAAUAUAUUGCUGUGUAUGAACCCCAAUUACCUUUCCAAACAUCUAAACAUGAGUUCAACAAAGGAGACGUGGAAGAAGUUAUAAGUAGGUUUAACCCAUGGAACAAUUGCACAUAUCGCUUGGGGAACAGAACAUCUUUAUUAUUAAAUCGGUAUUUUAGAACUCCAUCAGAUUACAAUCAAAUGCUAGGAUAUAAUUAAUAACAACGUAAAUCAAUUGCUUUGAAAUUGAAAUAUAUGAAAUAGUUUAAGUUUAAAGUUUUAAUUAAGAAGCACACGUCGUACUAAAAAGCAUAGUUUCAUAUUCAGUACGUAGAACAUAGAUAGCAACUUUUAAUUUUGUCAAUAAUAAAUUCUUUUAUUCAGCUUUUAA